AUGGCAGCAGGCUCUCAUGCAUUGAACGGGACCCUGAACGCCACCAACCACUCGAAUGUAAAUGAAACAGUGCUCCUUCUGAACAUGUUGGAGAACUCAGUUGACGACCAGUACAGCGGAUGCAGAGAGAAGAUGCUGGAUUUAGUAGAGCACAAGUAUCUCAAACACGAACUCAAGCACGAAAAACACAAGAACGAAGUCUUCAGUAAAGCCUGGGAAGAUGAGGAGUGGAAAGGCCACUGUCGAGAAGACCCUGGACAUGGUUUGACCAAGAACCACUGCCUUGCUCUGCGCAUGUUAACUAGCAUAAAAGAAGACAGCUACAGAUCACUUUCAAGUGGUAUAAAUGACUUGUAUGAGUCUUUCAGGGAUGCUGUUCGUAAGAGAAAAAUAAGUUACAGGAAUCUUAAAUUCAAGUGGUACUCAAUGCAGUUUUUAGUGACAGAUGCCUUACAGAUUCUUAAUAACGCAAGUAACCAUAAAUGCAAGUGGACCUAUCAUGGGACGAAGGUCAGGUUUCAUGAAAAUGUACUUAACAAAGAAAUCAGGCUGGGCUCAUUCGUGUCCACCUCUGUGAAGAAAUACAAAGCGACACAGUCUGGCACAGCAUCCUGCUUCGAGAUCUACACGUGUCAUGGCGCCUCCAUGGUGAAUUUUUCUAUCUACGAUGACAUGGAUGAAGUACUCAUUCCACCGUAUGAGAAAUUUGAGGUCAUCAACACAGAGAAGUCAACUUGGUGUGACACUGUGUAUGUACUGAAUAGCACUGGAACCAGCAGCAAGCUGAACUGCGUGGUGUUUGCAUCAGUCAAGUGGUACAUCAGGCUAAUAAUGUGUCUAUUUGGCUUUGCAUUGCUAUUGGCGUACUGGUAUUACAAAAGUAAGCGGACAAAGUAA